AUGCCCGUGUCAGCACACCAGUACUCUGGCAUUACUGUAGCCCGAAGUUGCUGCACGCCAUUUUUCAGCGAGUUCCUUGGCGCUGCCUUUGACAGUGCCGUCAUCAUGCAUGAAGGUCACUCGAUUGCGUACUCACAAGCUUGUGGCGCAAACACUGCACAGCGCAUUCCACCAUCGCUCGCAAUUGUGGACGCGUCUCUUGUACCUGGUCAGGAUGAGCUUGUGCUGGAUACUCCGUAA